CCAAAGGUUGACAAUAUGCGUUUCCUUGGGGUCUCCGCGGCCGUUGCUUUGGCAUCCGUGCCUCUAGUUUACGCUGUAUCGUCUCAGACAUACACAUGGAAGAACGUGAAGAUAGGUGGCGGCGGAGGCUUCGUGCCCAACAUUGUAUUCAAUCCUUCGGAGAAGGGCUUAGCCUAUGCUCGCACGGAUAUCGGAGGCGCGUACAGGCUGAAUUCCGACGAUACUUGGACACCCUUGGUGGAUUUUGCCAAUGAUACGCACUGGAACUACUGGGGGAUCGAUGCUCUGGCUGCCGACCCUGUUGACACGAGUCGGGUUUACCUCGCUACUGGGAUGUACACGAACUCCUGGGAUCCCAACAACGGGCAAAUCCUGAUUUCCACUGACAAAGGCAACACAUGGACGGCCUCACCACUGAGCUUCAAGCUUGGCGGGAACAUGCCGGGUCGUGGCAUGGGGGAGCGCCUUGCAGUUGACCCUAACAGCAACAACAUCCUCUUCUUUGGUGCAAGGUCUGGCAAUGGUCUCUGGAAGUCGACCAACUACGGAUCUACGUGGACCAAAGUAUCAACUCUCCCCAACACAGGCACCUACAAACCGGACCCGACAGACACUACGGGUUACAACAAUGAUCCCAUCGGCGUCUCGUUCGUGACGUUUGACUCGACAUCUGGAUCGUCCGGCACGGCCACACCCCGGAUUUUUGUUGGUGUCGCUUCCGUCGGAACUUCGAACCUCUUCAUGAGUAAUGACGGAGGAUCCUCGUGGUCCGCUCUUUCGGGGACAAACACGUCCUGGAUUCCCCACAAGGGUGUUCUUUCGCCCUCGGAGAAGGCUUUGUACAUAUCCACCGCCGACGGCGCCGGCCCGUACGACGGAACCCUAGGAGGGGUUUACAAGUACAACAUCACGUCGGGCACUAUGACAGACAUCACCCCCGUUUCUGGCAGCGACUUGUACUUUGGAUUUGGCGGUCUGACCGUAGACCUGCAAAAGCCCGGAACGGUCAUGGUCGCCACCCUCAACAGCUGGUGGCCAGACGCAAACAUUUUCCGGUCCACUGACGGCGGUGCGACGUGGUCGCGGCUUUGGGACUGGCAGUCAUAUCCGACGAUGAACAGGUACUACAGCUACGACGACUCUCUGGCGCCGUGGCUGGGACCGGACGGGACUAUCACCGGAUUGACCAUGCAAAUCGGCUGGAUGAUCGAAGGGUUGUCCAUUGAUCCGUUCGACUCCAACCACUGGCUGUAUGGCACAGGAGAGACCAUAUACGGCGGCCACGACCUGCUCAAGUGGGAUACAGCGCACAAUAUCACGUUGAAAUCUCUUGCCGAUGGAAUUGAGGAGGAAUCGGUCCAAGGACUUAUCUCCCCGCCGGUGGGACCGAAUCUGCUCUCCGUGGUUGGAGACGACGAUGGAUUCCAGCAUCUGAGUCUCGACAAGGCGCCCACAUCCGAGUUCAUCAACCCAUCGUGGGCCACGGCUUCCGACAUCGACUAUGCGGGCAACCAACCCACGAACAUCGUUCGCAUAGGAACCGGCGACAGCUCGACAGGAAAGCAGGUCGCAUUAUCAUCUGACUCCGGCGCGACUUGGAACCAGGAUUACGGGGCUGCUGAUAACGUUUCCGGCGGAAAAGUAGCGUUUUCCGCCGAUGCAGACACCGUAUUAUGGCGCACAGGAUCGAACGGCGUGAUGGUUUCCCAGUAUACCAAUGCGUUCACCGCAGUACCCAGCUUGCCUUCCGACGCUGCGAUUGCUUCAGACAAGAAGAACAACUCCAUCUUCUACGGCGCAUCAGGCUCGACAUUCUAUCUCAGCACGGAUGGCGGAAAGACUUUCGCAUCCAAGGGAUCGUUGGGAACGUCAACCGCGCCCGUGAAGGUCAUCGUACAUCCUAACGUGACAGGAGACGUUUGGGUAUCUACAGACAAGGGUCUGUUCCAUUCCUCGAAUGUGGUCAGCGGGACCGCGUUCAGUGCGAUCUCGGGUAUCAGCCAAGCCUGGUCCAUCGGUUUCGGAGCUCCUAAGACUUCCGGAGGUUACCCGGCGAUAUUCGCGGCAGCCAACAUUGGAGGUGUAGGAUAUUUCCGCAGUGACGAUGCAGGAGUCAACUGGGUGCAGAUUAACGAUGCGUCCCAUGGUUUCGGCUCAGCCGCUGCCAAUGUCGUGACCGGGGAUCUUCGCAUCUACGGGCGCGUCUACAUCGGCACAAAUGGACGCGGCAUUUUCUACGGCGAUGCUUCAGGUGCAGCGCCUUCUCCGACUGCGACCGCAUCAACGACUACACCCACCUCCGCGUCCUCAACCUCCACCUCGAAGGCGAGCACAACUACCACCGUUUCCUCCACCACUUCCAAGUCGUCUUCGACGGUCUCCUCCACGACAAGCACCAUAGCCAGCUCGACUUCGAAGACCACGACCUCCACAUCGGCCACCAGCACCGCUGUCGCUGCUCAGUACGGUCAGUGCGGAGGCAUCGGUUGGACCGGUCCCACUAUAUGUGCGAGCCCCUAUACUUGCACUGUCGCGAACGACUAUUAUAGUCAGUGUCUUUGAGGCAGCCUUCAUCAUCUUGAUAGUUCUUGAGUCUCAGUGGCGGGCAUGUUGUUGCACAAUAUACCUAAAAUGCAUUCAGCGCCCGAGCUUCGCUCUCAAUUUCGGGCCGCCAUACAG